UUGGAGCACAUGCCACGUUGAGAGAAGACUGAACUGAACUGAACUGAAUCUUUUUUUGUUUCCUGCACUCGCAAAGGACCGACUCCAUUCCCAAUCCAGCUCUCAAGAAGAAAGAGAGAGAAAGUCCAGCAGGUGACCAGCGAACCGUUCUGAAGACCAAACAGCAGCCGCCGAGGAUCUGAGACACUCCGCGAGGAUGCACUUGUUGUCCGCCAGCCGCGUGUGCGCGCUCCUCAUCACCGCGCUGCUCCACCGAGUCAGCGGUAUGGAGACUGUUAUCGGCCAGUUCGGGGAAACACUUGAAAUCCCGUGCAACAAUGGAGUCGUGGAAGCCGAGGACGUCUUCAUCACUAAAUGGAAAUACGACAAAGGGGAGAGACUUACCGGCGACCUGCUGGUCAAGCAGAAAGGCCAGAACACCUCAGUCAUCGCCACUGACGACUACAAGGACCGUGUGGCCAUGGCCGCAAACUCCAGCCUCUUGCUCUCUGAGGCCCGGCUCACCGACCAGGGCACCUUCACCUGCAUGGUGGUGGUCGGUGCCAACAUCCAAGAAUACCCUGUGAACGUGGUGAUCAACAAGAUGCCAGCAGAACUGGAGAUUUCGGACAAGGCUGAGGAACUGGAGAUUGGCAAACUUACCAAGUUGGCAAAAUGUGUCGCUCCCGAUGCCAAUCCAGCUGCAGACAUUAAAUGGUUAAAGAACAACAAACCCCUGGUGGCUGAUGGGAAAGGGAUUUCCAUCCAGGCGUCGGUGCUGGUCGACCCGCUUACUGGCCUCUCCACCACUUCCUCCGUGCUGGAGUUCUCGGCUGAAAAGGAAGACACGGACGCUGUGUUCACCUGCAGCACCGUGCACGUCACGGGUGAACUGGUGUCCUCUCCGGUGACCUUCACCAUCACCUACUCCACAGAGAACAUCGUCCUCAAGGUGAUUGCUCAGGACCCUCUCGUGGAAGGAGACAAUGUGACUCUGAAGUGUAUUGCAGAUGGUAACCCGGCUCCGACCAGCUUUAACUUCCACCUUAAGGGAGAAACGGUCAAAGUGGAAGACGCUGACACUUACACCAUCACCAACAUCUCGCGUGACACCGCCGGUGAAUACAAAUGCUCCCUCGUGAACAACCCCUCCCUGGAAGCAUCUGAGAACGUCACCGUCAACUACCUAAACAUCAAUUUAAGCCCCUCUGGGAAUAUCGUCCAGAGCGCUGAGGAGGCCUUAAAUCUAACGCUCCAGAUUGAUGCAUCAGGAAAAUCAAUGGUGUCCUGGACAAAGGAUAAUGUUAAACUGAACAAAGAGCCCAAGUUUACCAAGCUGACCUACUCUGACUCAGGCCUCUAUGAGUGCAAGGUGAAGAUGGGACACCUGAGCCAAAAAGCUUCAUUUGAGCUUCUUGUUAAAGGUGCUCCGGUGAUCAGAGAGUUGACCAAGAAGCGCGGCGAAGACGGCCAGUACGAGGUCCUGAUCUGUGAAGCUGAAGGUGCCCCGAAGCCGGCCGUGUCCUGGAGCAUCAACGGCACCUCGCCCGAGGAGAGUCAAUUCGUCAACGGAAAGAUUACACACAAGAUCACAGUUGUGCCCUCUGCAAAUCUAACUGUGUCUUGCACUGUGAUCAAUGAGUUUGGCGCGGAUACCAGGUCUAUAAAUGUGUCAUCCUUAUUUGUGGAGGUGAGAAUGGAUAAACAAGAUCAAUCGGAGGACAGCGACCAAACCAAGUUGGUGGUCGGAGUCGUCGUCGGUCUCCUCGUCGCCACCCUCAUCAUCGGCCUCGCAUACUUGGUGUACCUGAAGAAAUCCAAGCAGGGCAGCUGGAAGACUGGCGAGAAGGAGGACGGUUCCUCUGAGGAGGAGAAGAAGCUGGAGGAGAAAGUGGAGGAGAACAGCCAGAAAGCUGAGGUGUAAAGAAAGAGCAAACAUCCUGUGGGAAUGUGAAAGUGAGAACGUGGAACUUUUGCACAUUUCACUUCACCUCUGUCUUUGUAAGGAAAAAAUCGAAAAAAAAAACACACACAUGUACAUUGGGAUGAUGAUGGUUUGGAUUUGGUUUCAGGGAGAAUUUUACUCAACAGCAUAUCCAAACACCCCCACCCCUCCAUUCCCUUAAAAACAAAAAAAGAAAAGAAAAGAAAAAAGAAAUGAAUGGAAACUGUAUGUGAUUAUACAUAACUCGUCUGCACUACUGAUACAUGUGUAAACUCGUCUACUAUUAGGAUUCAUGUUUGUUAGAAAGGAACCUUUGGGAAACUAAGAAAAUUCAAAUCUCUUUUGGUUUAUUAGUCGAUGCAAGUAAACUGACUUCUAGACCAGUUACCUUUUACUGUUGAGGACUCGUAGGCCGGCUUUACUCCACGUUUGACUCCCAUUGGCCCUCGGAGACACAGCAGGGGGCCGAGGGGACCUCAUCGCCACCGCUUCUUUUAUUUUACGCCAUCGAAGUCAAACGGCGUCUGCCUUCAAAUAAAUCUGCUCAAUCAUUUCCACCCAGGCGUUAAUAAGGUCACGGAAUUUGAGAGGAAACUCCAGAAAGGGCUAAGGGUAUAUUCUUAUACUCGGCAUUAGUAAUAGAUGGUAAUCUGAUUUACAUGCAGGAAGUAGGUGAUGUGAGUUCUUUGGUGUUUCAUGAUUUUCUUGUUAUUUGAUUGUGUGUACGUUCAUGGAAAGUGACCACGAGAGAAAAAAUGGCGCAAUUCGUCAUUCACGGCCGUCUCAUUUUUUUUUUUUGUUCUUCAAUCUAUCGUUCAUUCAACAUAUCCACUGUAUUUACACGAGCAGGUAGAUUAUUGAGAGAAUGUACGAGCUUCAUUCAACCCACUGGCUUUAGUUCCGCUGCACAGAUUCUCUUUUUUUAUGUUGUUUUCACGUUUUCUCAAGAGAACGUCCUCGAGCCUGUAGUCCUGACCGGAUAUUUUAGUUUUAUCCACCAAGGUUGUAAAUUAAUUCUUAAUUUGUGCUCCUUCAGUGUUGAAAGUGUGCCUGUUCAUUAUUUAGCUAGGGCAUCAUUUUGUAAUUCGAGGACACAGAGUGGACAGGAUGUUCGUCUCAAGGUGGCCGUUAUGGUAUGUUUGCCUUCUUUUGAAAAUCGACCUGUCGUUGCUUCAGUUUGUGACGUGCACUAGGGUUCAUGUUUUCAUGUUCAAAUUUGUGUAGAAUACGAUGGAAUACACGCAGCUGUACUAGUCACAUGUUUUUGGUCUUUAAACAGCAUUUACUCAAUCGGAAAAUGUACCAAGGCCAGGAUAUAAUCGUGAAGUAUGUGCUUUUAAUUAUCUUUUUGCUAUUUAUAUUGAACUAAAUUGAAUAUCCUGGUAGGCAAAUUCAGUAUUUGUCACAUAACUCACAUCUUGGAUUGGAACCAUUGAUGAAUUGCUUGCAGACUCUACAAGAAGGUGGCCCAGUGUCCGGUUUAACAAUAGAUUCAGAUUCAGCAUGUUAUGAUCUCCGACCUCGACGCUGCUGUUAGUUGCCUACCUUGUGUAAAACCAUCAAAUUGGAAGAAUGACCAAAGAAAGUGAACGUUGCCAUGCAAGUAUUGUAAAUAUCUGAUGUUUGUUUUUUGUACUUUUGUUUAAAAUAAAAUGUACAUUUGG